UUUGUAUAAACAUUUGUUCUUAUAGUAUCUCUAUUGAGUUUGAAAAUGGUUCUGGCCCAAAAACAUGGAAACCAAGGGGCGGGCAGUUUGCCUUAUACGGCUAUAGUGAAACAUUGUUAGCACUCUAGAAGUCACAUUUUUGAUCCCAUCAUGAUGAAAUUUACUCAGAAAAUGUAUUAUUAUCAUAUGUCGGCCGAGUUCGAAAAUGGUUCCGUCAGUGGAAAAACAUGGCUACUAGUGGGUGUGGCAGUUUUUCUGAUAAGGCUUUAGUGAAAACUUGUUUAAUCUCUAGGAGUCACAUUUUAGUUUAAUCUACAUGACGCUUUUAACGGCAACUUUUAUGAAUAAAUCUGUGUGUCAUUGUACGGGAACUUUGUGACCUUUCUCAAAACAGAUUAUAUCAAUGGGAAAAGUGCCUUUAUCAAAUUUGAAGGGGUUGGGUUUCUCUUAUAGGUCACAUAACCCCCAACCGGAAAUCCUGUUUGCAGGGUUACAUGCAGUCAACUUGAUACUAAGCACACAUUGUUCAGCGCAUGCUGCCUAGGAUUUAUAAAAUACAUUGCUAAUGGUGUGUUUUGGUAUAAAAUUGAAGGUAUAUAUGUAAGCAAUAAGAAAAAAAGGCAUGUUUGUGCUCUUCUUUUUCUGUUGAUGGUUCGAAAGAAUGUCAUACUAUUUGAGCCCAAAAUGGCCGCCUCCACAGGUGUCACAACCGGUGUGCCGAAAAGAAUGUGCCGAAUGCAUGCAUACUGCAUACCGAUUUGUGAAUGGGUCCGAAGACAUUCGACCACGAAUUGACCAUUAUAACGAACAAAACAAUUUUGACUGCGCCGAAAACAGACAUCUUCCACCGGUAAAAUGCCCAGAGUCCGUACCGUGCAUUAACACUUACCAUCUGUACGAAGCGAGAGGAAUCUCCAACAAGUCGGACGCUCUGUUGCAAAUAGAGACGGUACAUCGAACAUGUGAUCCAGACGGUAGGCAGGUGGCACUUGACCUUGGCUGCAAAACGACUUUCAAAGCAUCACCCAACGACGAAAUUGGAGAUAACCUGUAUUUAUCUAAUUUUACUGAAGCCAAUUCAACACUUGUAGUGUGCAAAAAUAAAGGUACCACAGAUUUCCGACUGAAAAUAAACGGUGAUACCAUCACGACUGGAACUAAUGUUGAUGGUCACAUUAGCGGUACUGUUCACAUUUCUAACAGUUUAAGAGUGAUUGCGUUAGCUUAUAUCUUCGGAUGUACAUUGUGCUAGACACAAUACAAAGGAGAAAUCAGCUCUACAAAUCAAAUAUGUCUUCCACUUUCAUUAAAUAAAUAAAAUUUUGUCCAUUUAA